UAGGUAUAAGGAUUUAUUCGAUCAAAACGAAUUUUUCUAUCGACAUAGCAAAAGUGACAAUCGUUCCGAGUGUUUCAAUAUCUACAUUUUUCUUAAAUUAUCAAAACACAUUAUUUUAUUGUUCAUGUUGGAUUUGAUUUAAGAAUAAUGAAUAAGAUGACCCUUGAGAUGACCACUGAUCCAGCCAAGUCAAUCCCUGCGUUUUACACUGGACAAAGUAUAUUUUUGACAGGUGCAACGGGAUUUCUGGGUAAAGUGCUUAUCGAAAAGGUAUUGCGAUCUUGUCCUGAUGUUCGUGAAAUAUUUCUGUUGAUGCGGCCGAGAAAAGGAUUAUCUAUUAAUGAAAGGCUUGAAAAAAUAUUAAAGUUGCCGUUAUUUGAAAAAUUGCAUGAAGAGCGACCUUCAAAUUUCAAGAAAUUAGUUCCAAUUUCUGGCGAUGCCAGUGAGAAGGAAUUGGGUAUAUCGGCUACGGACAGACAAAUGCUGAUUGAAAGAACGACUAUAAUAAUACACAUAGCGGGAAAUGUAAAAUUUAAUAACACUUUAAAAUAUGCCAUACUUACCAAUACUAGAUCAACGAGAAACAUCUGUAUUUUAGCGCAAAGUAUGAAGAAUUUAAUAGCAUUAGUGCAU